GUUAAUGCAUUAGGAAUGGAAUCGGGCGAUAUUAGGGAUUCGCAAAUAUCCGCUUCAAGUAGUUUUGAUGCUAUUAGUGUUGGACCUCAAAAUGCCAGGUUUGCUUCACCUUAUUUAUUCUCCGGUGCUUGGUGCCCAUUUCAACAAAUAAGAGAUGGUGCAUAUGAAUUUUUGCAGGUUCUGCAUAUAAUCACAGAUGUUGAAACUCAAGGACGAUUUGCUGGAGGUGCAGGCAAAGAAUUCGCAACACAUUAUAUGAUUGACUAUUUACGUACCGGAAGCCAGUGGAUGCGUUACAAAUAUCGGAACUCAUCGCACUUAAUUGAAGCAAAUAAAGAUGUUUCAACUGCUAUUCGACAUACACUCGAUCCUCCAAUUAUCGCAUCUCGAAUUAGAUUAGUACCAUACUCGUACUAUCCACGAACCGUCUGCUUGCGGACUGAGUUAUAUGGAUGUCAGUACAAAGGUAUAUCAAGUCUGGAUCAAAAUAUUUACCAAUAUUAUAAGUUAAAACGAGUCCACAACAAUUCAUGGGAACAUCAAUCUAUUGGGUUUUAUGCUAAUUUAGAUGGAUCAGUAGAAUUAACUUUCGAAUUCGAUGAAAUUCGCCAGUUCUCUUACGUUGAACUGUGGACUUAUAAAAAUUCGCUGAAAAAAACAGAGAUAACUUUUAGCACAAAUGGAAAACAAUUUUCAUUAUCGUCUCAAAUCUCCUCCAUACAGCGAAAAUCUACCAACGAAACCGAAUUGCGACGUUUGCCAAUUCGGAUUCCUCUUCAUGGUCGUCGAGCAAUUGCUAUAAGAAUGAUCCUAAAUUUUACUGAUUCUUGGCUUUUUCUCUCUGAAAUCUCCUUUUCAUCAAGUAAGUUAGUCAUAUUUCUUUCCAAUUUAAAAAUCUUUGAAGAUUUUAUGAAAAAAUCUUAUGAAUCAAAAAGCAAACCACCAUCUUGGUCAAAUUUUCAUUUCCCGCCACCACCUUCUGGUAAACUAUUUAUUUAUAUUAAAAAUAAUUAUUUGGAUAUCGUUAGAUUUAUUAAUGAAAUCGUCGGUGGUAUGGAAUAUCUCGAACAGGAACAGUUAAUCCAUGGACAUUUGAGUCCACAAUGCAUUCUGGUUGAUCUAAAUUUGCGAAUUAAAAUUGCUUCACCCCGAGGGGUCUCCCACCAUGCACAACUUCGUUAUAGUGCACCUGAAUCCAUUAUUAUGGUGAAUUCUUUCAACGAAUGGAGUUGCAAAGGUGAUGUUUGGUCGUUUGCUAUUACCGUUUGGGAACUGCUUGGAUAUUGCAAAGAAUAUCCAUUUGGUGCAUUAUCAAAUAAAGAACUUCUGGAUAAUGCUCGCCAAUAUUUUGAAGACCGAUUUCAGUUAAUCAUUUGUACCAGUUAA